CAUACCGCGGAAUUCCAACGAGAACUAGUUUAUAUACCGCCGAAGCCGCAGUUUAUUGCAUCCUCAACAUAAGCCUAAAGAAAGAGGCGAAGCAGCGGGAGAAGAGAGAGAAAGAAGCUCAAAAUGAUUAUUCCUGUUCGCUGCUUCACCUGUGGCAAGGUGAUCGGAAAUAAAUGGGACACUUACCUUGACCUUCUUCAAGCUGAUUACACUGAAGGGGAUGCCCUUGAUGCAUUGGGGCUGGUCCGCUAUUGUUGUAGGAGGAUGCUCAUGACCCAUGUUGAUUUGAUUGAGAAGCUCUUGAACUACAACACUCUUGACAAGUCUGAUACUAGCUGAUCAAGCUUGUGGAGGCAGUGGUAGAUGAAAUGAAGAACGUUCAUCUCUUUAUAAAUAGUAGUAUCACAAGGUGAAUUUGGUGGGUUAGAGUAGAGUUACAAGAUUGUAAUGAUAUGGUACUCGACUAUGAAUAUUAUCCUGGUCUGUUUUCAUGAACUAUUGCCCGUCUACUAAAUUGAGAAAAGCUUGUCAUGCUCUGUAUUUUUCAAAAUAUUGAUUUCCAACGACCUCACCCAAGUUGAUGUUUCUCUUCUU